AGACGAACUAAAAAAAUUUUUUUUUGAAGUAAAAAAAAAUUAAAAAAAUUUUUUCAACGAUUACUGAGCAAAAUUUCGCACAAAUAAUGAAGUUUGCCGAACAUUUGUCGGCCCACGUAACGCCGGAAUGGAAAAAGCAAUAUUUAAACUACGAGGUAAUGAAAUAUAUGUUGUACAAGGCAGUCGAGGAAAGCCCAUCGCGCGAAUUCGUCGAUCCGGAUUUGUUGAAUCGUUAUUUUUUUAAAUUUAAUGAGACAUUUUUCGCGUACUGCUCGACAGAGCUCGAGAAAAUAAAUACCUUCUACGCGGAAAAACUGACGGAAGCGGCGAGAUUGUUCACGAAUCUACGUGCAAAGUUGUGCGAGGCGCAGCAAAAUGGCUUCCGGCACAAAAAUAAUUGUUUUCAGUCGUCGGCGGUGCUGCGAAGUCGGCAUCAUCCCAAGCAAAAAUUGAAGGAAUUACGUUUCGCCUUCAGCGAAUUCUACUUGUUCUUAGUGUACCUGCAAAAUUAUCAGCAACUGAAUUUCACGGGAUUCCGCAAGAUCCUCAAGAAGUACGACAAAAUUCUGCACAGCGAUUUGGGGACGCGUUGGCGCUCCGAUCACGUCGAUAUCGCGCACUUUUGCAUCAAUCAGGACAUCGAGCGGAUGAUGCAUCAGGCGGAGAACAUCGUGACGCAGGAAAUUGAGGGCGGCGAUCGGCAAAAGGCCAUGUCGUUGUUGCGCGUGCCGCAAAAGAAGAAAAAUUUCACGCCAUGGAACACGUUUCGCAUCGGACUGCUGACGGGAUAUUUGCUCGUUUUGCUUGUCGCGGUUGUGCUUUCGGCGGCAUUCUACUACCAACGAAACGACUGGCAAGUGGCUUUUAAACUGUAUCGAGGGCCUUUUUUGAUGGUUGAGUUUUUGUUCAUUUGGUCCAUUAAUUUGUACGCGUGGCGCUCGUACGGCGUCAACCAUAUUCUUAUCUUCGAGCUAGAUCCGCGGAAUUAUAUCACGGCGCAACAUAUGCUGGAGUUGGCUGUUAUUUUCGGAAUAAUUUGGUGUAUAAGUGUUUUAGGAUUUAUUUAUAGCGAUUUAUUAAAGAUACCCGCAUUCCUGAAUCCCCUGCUGCUGUACAUAACGAUUGCGGUCUUCAUCUUCAAUCCAACAAAGUGCUGUUACUAUAAAGCGCGCUUAUGGGCAGUGAAAAUUGGUUUUCGUGUGCUAUUCGCCCCAUUGCUGUUCGUUCAUUUUGCUGACUUUUGGAUGGCUGACCAGACAAACAGUAUGGUUCCUAUUUUCCUGGAUCUCCAAACGUUCUUCUGCUUCUACUCGAAAAACUCAAACUUAUCCUACGUUGAUGAAGAUAAUAUUUGCCUUACGCAACGAAGCUAUAUUCGACCAAUAUUUGCAAUGUUGCCUGCGUGGUUCCGUUGUGCUCAAUGUUUACGGCGAUUUGUAGACACAAAAUUGGUUUUUCCUCACUUGGUUAACGCCGUCAAAUAUACGACGGGCAUCUUGGUUGUUGUGUUUUCCGUGGCGACGAGUGUAACAAAUGAAAAAUAUCGUAAAGUUACCGAUAAUCCGUGGUUUUAUGUUUGGGUAUCGGAUGCCGUCAUCUUUUCCAUCUACGCCUAUGCCUGGGACGUACGACAGGAUUUUGAUUUGUGGGAUUGCAAAGCUCAAGUCAAUACGAAAUGCCUCCGAGACGAAUUGAUUUACGAGUCAAAGGCAUUCUACUGGUUUGGCAUUUUCGAGGAUCUGGUAAUGCGAUUUGUGACAACAUUCACCAUUAGCCUUACCGAAAUGGGUUUUAUAACGAAUCACUUUGUCAUUUCCAUCCUGAACAUUCUCGAGGUAGCGCGACGUUGCAUUUGGAACUACUUCCGGCUGGAGAACGAGCAUCUGAACAACUGCAAGAAGCAGCGAGCGACACGCGAAAUUAAACUUAAUUAACGGUAAGCAUCCUGCCAAACAACCACCAAAAAAAUAACAAGU